AUGCACUUAUGUAAAGUUAAUGGCAAUGAAUCUCAUAAUAAAAUGCUCAAGAAAUCCACUGUACACAACUGUGACUCUGCAAAAGGAUCUAUUACAGACGUUGCUCCUUUGGAACAUCUUUUUGUAACUAAAUUUUCAAAACUGACUAUUGAUGAUGAAUAUAAGUAUAAUCUAGCUUAUUUAGUCACCGAAAAUAAUGGAACAACUCCAGUUGUAAAACGCUCUGAGACUGAAAAGCGGCGAUCAGUCACACCUAAUACAAAACCUCUUAACCGCAUCCACGUUGAUUCUAUUCAACGUAAAUCUGAGCCAGUUAUUCAUACAGACCACAGAGGUUUUCACCGAUUAUCUAAAUACAAAAGACAAAAACCCUUGCGCGGGAACGUUUCGGCCCGUCGCAGUUCCCCUGUCUAUGUUAGUAGUCCUGAAUCGUAUGAACAUAUGUCAUCAGACCAUGAUGAUCGAGGGGAAUGCGAGUACGGUUUAUUCGCAAAAAGUCUGUCAAAAGUACAUGAUAAUAAUAAAAAUAACCAAAGUCAUUUCCCUGAACACAAGAAAGCUCUUAUGCUAAAUAAUGCUCCUGUAGAUCCCACUUCCAAGUUAGAUUGUUUUGCCCUUAAAUGCCCAGCAAGUUUGAAAACUGUCGCUCCCUUAUGUGAAUUAAAAAACAAUUUAAAAGUCCAAAAGCCAAAUCCAAACACAAAUAACAUUGUGCCACGUCGUGAAACUUUCCGAACAAUGGACAAACCAUUUCGGCAAACAAACGGUCGUCUGGAAUCCAUGAAAAUAGAAGUAAAUGCCCCAGAUCCUUCGAUGAGGGAUGAUUUUUGCUCUCAUGAUGUUGCGUCCAGAGUGAAAGCAUUCAAGGCACUCAUGAAAUCAGAAGAAUUAGAAGGAACUGAUCAGAAUAGUGAAACAAAGUCAAUUAGAAAAGUCACAGAUGAACGGAAAAUAUCUGAUGUAUCAUAUCAGGAAAAUCAUAUUGGUCUUCGUCGGUCCAAAACGUUUUCUGGUGAACAGAUGUCAAGAAGAUAUCAACAAUAUAUGGAUUUAUGCUUUGAUUGUGGAAAACGUAUUUAUCCUGUAGAUCGUAUAUCUACCGGUGAACGAGUUUAUCAUAAGGCAUGUUUUCGUUGUGCAACAUGUCAAAGAACAUUAUUAGUUGGGAAUUUCGCAUCAUUAGAUGGAGUGAUAUUUUGUAAGCCACAUUAUAUAGAACAAUUUCAUAUGAGUGCAGGUCGUUAUGAAUAUCGUCAAAGUCUUAAUCAAUCUGCACCAUUGUCGUCAGUCUUUCGUGUACAAGGAGAAUAUUAAGAUCAUUCUAAUUGUUUACAUUGUCAACUUCUACUACACUUAUUAGAAUUUUUUUUCUCAACGAGACAAAAAGAUGAUUCGAAAAAAAUACACCACCUACUUUGACAACAAGAACAAGAUAACAUUGGAUUACAACAUUGUUUGUAUACUAACUACAUUGCACAAUUACAAAUCACUAACGAAUGAAUUACUUGAAGUUCUUUUGAUUGAAAUGAUAACUUUAUAAAAAUGUUUCUACAAUCUUUACUUUGAUUAAUUUUUGAAACUUCAAACAUCAGGAAUUUUUACGAUAUAUUGAUGAUAGAUGAUCCUAUGUUCCCCUUAUUUCUGAAUUUGUGUACGUAUGAUCUCCUUUAUUUAUUUGCUGUUAACUAUUUGUCAUUUUUUUUAUAGAAAGAGUAAUAUCACUAGAUGAUCAAAUUAUUACUUCUAAUUUUAUAGAAAGAAAAUUAUACUCUAUGAAAAGAGGUGUACAGUGAGAACUGUGAUAAUUUUGUGUCCACUACAUUGAUCUAGAUCAGACAAUAUUGGGAAAUUGUUUAGUAAACCCAAUUUCCCACUAAACUCAAAUAUGGUUUAACUGUCAUGUGUACACUAAUUAGAAACCAAUGUAUCGAAUUAUAGUUCAACAGAACAAAUUCUUUAUUCGUGACCAUAGAAAAUUUCGAGUAUGAAUUCCAAUCAGAUUUGCCG